AUGAGAAAUAUCUUCAAAAGGAACCAGGAGCCCAUUGUGGCUCCUGCUGCCACCACAGCCAGCAUGCCAGUCGUUCCAGCUGGGCCUCCAGACAACUCCACAGAGAGUGGGAGUGCAGGGCCAACUGGAGAGGAUAUGUUUACCCAGCUGAAGGAUAAAUUCUUCAAUGAGAUCCAGAAGAUCCCCUUACCUCCAUGGGCGCUGAUUGCCAUCGCUGUGGUCGCUGGCCUCCUCAUCCUCACCUGCUGCUUCUGUAUCUGCAAAAAGUGCUGCUGUAAGAAGAAAAAGAACAAGAAGGAGAAGGGUAAAGGCAUGAAGAAUGCCAUGAACAUGAAGGACAUGAAAGGAGGUCAGGAUGAUGAUGAUGCAGAGACAGGCCUGACAGAGGGAGAAGGUGAAGGAGAAGAAGAGAAAGAACCAGAAAAUUUGGGCAAACUGCAGUUUUCAUUGGACUAUGAUUUCCAGGCUAACCAGUUGACCGUGGGAGUCCUUCAGGCAGCUGAGCUUCCUGCUCUGGACAUGGGAGGCACCUCAGACCCCUAUGUCAAAGUCUUCCUCCUCCCAGACAAGAAGAAGAAAUAUGAGACCAAAGUCCAUAGGAAGACACUGAAUCCUGCUUUCAACGAAACCUUUACGUUCAAGGUACCCUACCAGGAACUAGGAGGCAAGACACUGGUGAUGGCCAUCUACGACUUUGACCGCUUCUCUAAACAUGACAUCAUCGGGGAGGUGAAGGUGCCCAUGAACACUGUGGACUUGGGCCAGCCCAUUGAGGAGUGGAGAGACCUGCAAGGGGGAGAGAAGGAAGAGCCAGAAAAGCUUGGAGACAUCUGCACUUCCCUCCGUUAUGUACCCACUGCUGGGAAAUUGACUGUCUGCAUUCUGGAAGCCAAGAACCUGAAGAAGAUGGAUGUAGGAGGGCUUUCAGAUCCCUAUGUGAAGAUUCAUUUGAUGCAGAAUGGCAAGAGACUGAAGAAGAAGAAGACCACAGUGAAGAAGAAGACCCUGAACCCCUACUUCAAUGAAUCCUUCAGCUUUGAGAUCCCCUUCGAGCAGAUCCAGAAAGUCCAGGUUGUGGUCACAGUGCUGGACUAUGACAAGCUGGGUAAGAACGAAGCCAUUGGCAAGAUCUUCGUAGGCUGCAAUGCCACAGGCACGGAGCUCCGGCACUGGUCUGACAUGUUGGCCAAUCCGAGGAGGCCAAUUGCCCAGUGGCACUCUCUCAAACCCGAGGAGGAGGUGGAUGCCCUCCUGGGCAAGAACAAAUAG